UGGCGCAGUGGGGUGAUCACUGGGCUCCUGGUGGCCUCAUAUGACUCUUUCUUUCCCUGCAGGCAGUAUGAGACGGUGGUUCCGGUGGAAGACCCCCUGGUCACAGAGGUGACGUCAACACUGCAAGAAUGGGCCUCGCUAUGGAAGCAGCUCUAUGUGAAACACAAGGUGGACCUCUUCUACAAGCUGCGACAUGUCAUGAACGAGGUGAUUGACCUGCGCAGGCAGCUGCUGUCAGGUCACCUGACUCAGGACCAAGUACGAGAGGUCAAGCGACACCUGACCGUCCGACUGGACUGGGGCAAUGAGCACCUCGGUCUGGACUUAGUCCCCCGUAAAGAGUUUGAAGUGGUGGAUUCUGAACAGAUCAGCGUCUCUGACUUAUACAAGAUGCAUCUGUCAAGCCGGCACAGCGUGCAGCAGAGCACCAAUCAGGCGGACACCCUGCGGCAGCGUCACAAGGAGCCUCGCGCCCCGGUGCCUCACCACCUGCUACUCAACCUGAAGAGCUUCACGCACAGCAACAUCGGGGAGGAUGUGGACCUUUUCUUCUCGCUGUACGACAUGAGAGAAGCCCGCCAGAUCAGUGAGAGGUUUAUGGUGAGACUGAACAAGAACGGCGGCCCGAGGAACCCCGAUAAGCCGGAGCGACUCUCUGCACUGUUCACGGAUCUCAGCAGCAGAGAUGUAAAGCGAGACCUCCACCUUGUCGUCCAUGUCAUCAGGAUAGGCCGUAUGCUAUUAAACGACUCCCGGAAAGGCCCCUCGCACAUCCAUUACCGGCGGCCCUAUGGCUGCGCAGUCCUGAGCCUCGGGGAGGUGCUGCCGGCACUGUGUGAGCAUCGAGACGAGAAGGAUUUUGUCCUGAAGGUUUACACGUGUAACAAUGAGAAUGAAUGGUUCCAGGUCCACGAGAAUAUCAUCCGCAAAACCAGCACCAAGUACUCCACGCCGAGCUCCAACUAUGGACUCAUCGUGUCUCUACAACUUCUGCGGGGUGACAUGGAGCAAAUCAGAAGAGAAAACCAAAUUCUGUUUAACAGAGGUGCAGCCGUCACUCGCAAGCUGGGCUUUCCUGAUGUCAUCAUGCCAGGGGACAUCCGCAAUGAUCUCUAUGUGACGCUGGAGAAGGGCGAGUUUGAGAGAGGAGGGAAAAGCGUACAGAAAAACAUCGAAGUCACUAUGCAUGUUCUGUAUGCAGACGGCGAGAACCUGAGGGACUGUGUCAGCCUGGGCACCGGGGAGCCGCCGCGGACGCAGUAUCAUUCCUUCGUCCUCUACCACAACAACGGCCCGCGGUGGGGGGAGCUGGUCAAACUGCCCAUCCCUAUCGAUCGGUUCCGGGGCUCCCAUCUGCGCUUCGAGUUCCGGCACUGCUCAACAAAAGAUAAAGGUGAGAAGAAGCUCUUUGGUUUCUCCUUCACUCCUCUGAUGAGAGACGACGGGACCACGCUGUCAGACGAUGUCCAUGAGCUCUACGUCUACAAGUGCGAUGAGAACAGCACAUUCAACAACCACGCAUUGUACCUGGGCCUCCCCUGCUGCAAGGAUGACAACAGCGGCUGCCCCAACAUCCCAUCCAGCCUCAUCUUCCAGCGAAGCCCCAAAGAGACCUUCUCUGUCUCCACUCAGCUCUCCUCCACCAAGCUCACCCAGAAUGUUGACCUCCUGGCUCUCCUGAAGUGGAAGGUCUACCCGGACCGGAUACUGGACAUUCUUGGCCGCCUGCGCCAUGUGAGCGGAGAGGAAAUUGUGAAGUUCCUGCAGGACAUCUUGGACACGCUGUUUGUUAUCCUAGACGACAACACGGAGAAGUAUGGCCUGCUCGUCUUCCAGUCACUGGUCUUCAUCAUCAACCUCUUACGGGACAGUAAAUAUUACCAUUUCCGCCCAGUGCUGGAAACCUACAUCCAGAAACACUUCGCUGGUGCCCUGGCCUACAGAGAACUGAUUCGCUGCCUGAAGUGGUACAUGGAGCGAUCAGCCGACCUCGUACGGCAGGACCACAUCCAAGAAGCCAUGAGGGCUUUAGAAAUCCUCUUCAAGUUCAUUGUCCAGUCUCGCCUGCUCUUUGCACGGUCCACUGGAGGCUUGGAGGAAGAGCAGUUCCGGUGCAGCAUCCACGACCUGUUCCAGUCCAUGCGUUUUGUGCUGAGCCUGGACACACGGAGCUCCGAUACCCUCCUCUUCACACAGGCCGCCCUGCUCAGCUCCUUCCCCGCCAUCUUCGAGGAGUUGCUGCCCAUGUUCUCAGUGACGGAGGUGGCGGAGUUCGUUCGGGGCACUCUCAGCAGUCUCCCGAGCACGCUGCAUCUAGGACAGUCCAUGGAUGUGGUCAAGCUGCAGUCUAUCGGCCGGACGGUCGACUGUCGCCUCUUCUCUUUCCCAGAGGCGCGCCGGAUUCUGCUGCCGGUGGUGCUGCACCACAUCCACCUUCACCUGCGCCAACAGAAGGAGUUGCUGGUCUGUUCCGGAAUUCUUAGCAGCAUCUUCUCCAUCAUAAAGAGCAGCUCAGCGGAGGUCGAUGUGGGCGAGGAGGUCCAGAUGUUGCAGGAAAGUUUGCUGGACGUCCUUCUACAGACGCUGCUCAUCAUCAUGAGUAAAUCGCAGUCGCAGGAGGCGGUAAGAGGCCAGCGCUGCCCCCAGUGCACCGCCGAGAUCACUGGGGAGUAUGUCUCUUGCCUGCUGUCUCUACUGCGACUGAUGUCAGACACUCAUUACCAACACCUACUGCACAACUUCCAGAGCAAGGAGGAGCUCAAGGAAUUCCUGCUGAAGAUUUUCUGCGUGUUUCGUAAUUUGUUGAAGCUGAGCGUCUUCCCGCCGGACUGGACCGUGAUGAGGCUUUUGGCCAGCAACAUCAUCGUGACCACCGUCCAGUACGUGUCACCCGCCGUACACAAGAACUUCUGUGAAGGAGACUUUGAUUUCAAGGUGUGGAACUCCUACUUCAGUCUGGCCGUUCUUUUCAUCAAUCAGCCCAGUCUACAGCUGGAAAACUUUGCAGCGGGAAAAAGGAGACGCAUCUUGGACAAAUACGGCGAUAUGCGAGUUAUGAUGACCUAUGAGCUCUUCAACAUGUGGCAGAACCUGGGAGAGCACAAAUAUCACUUCAUCCCGGGGAUGAUUGGCCCUUUCCUGGGCGUAUCGCUAGUCCCGCAGCCAGAGGUGCGAAAUAUAAUGAUCCCCAUUUUCCACGACAUGAUGGACUGUGAACAAAGGCGGAACGGCAAUUUCAAGCAGGUGGAGGCCGAGCUGAUCGAUAAACUGGACUCGCUGGUCUCAGAGGGGAAAGGCGACGAAAACUACCGAGAACUCUUCAGCCUCCUCUCUCAGCUGUUCGGUCCGUAUCCCAGUUUGCUGGAGAAGAUUGAGCAGGAGACAUGGAGAGAACCGGGAGCCUCAUUUGUGACCUCAGUGACGCGUCUCAUGGAAAGACUGUUGGACUACAGGGGACUGUAUGAAGGGGAGGAGACCGAGAACAAGAAGGUCGGCUGUACAGUAAAUCUGAUGAAUUUCUACAAAUCAGAAAUUAAUAAAGAAGAGAUGUACAUCCGAUAUAUCCACAAACUAUGUGACCUGCACCUACAGGCGGAAAGCUAUACAGGUAUGGGUUUAUGUCCAUAUACACUAUAUUGCCAAAAGUAUUGGGCCCUCCCAAUCAUGUGA